CGGAGGACGCCGUCGCUCCCCGCGGUCCGAGUCCGGCGCGCCGCGAUGGGCCGGGGGAGCCGAGCGGCCGCCCCGCUGGGCGCGCUGCCGCUGCUGCUGCUGCUGCUGCUGCCGCUGCUACCGCCGUCUCCCUCUCGGGCGCUCACCCCUCGGAUCAGCCUGCCUCUCGGCUCUGAAAAGCGGCCAUUCCUCAAAUUUGAAGCUGAAAACAUCUUCAACUACACAGCCCUCCUGCUGAGCAAGGAUGGCAGGACUGUGUACGUGGGUGCUCGAGAGGCCCUCUUGGCACUCAACAGCAGCGUCAGCUUCCUGCCAGGCGGGGAGUACCAGGAGCUGCUGUGGCCUGCCGAUGCAGAGAGAAAGCAGCAGUGCAGCUUCAAGGGCAAGGACCCAGAGCGGGACUGUCAAAACUACAUCAAGAUCCUCCUGCCUCUCAACAGCAGCCACCUGAUCGCCUGCGGCACAGAGGCCUUCAGCCCCGCGUGCACCUACAUUGACGUGGAGAACUUCACACUCGCACAGGACAAGCAGGGGAACAUCCUCCUGGAAGAUGGCAAGGGCCGUUGUCCUUUUGACCCCAAUUUCAAGUCCACGGCCCUGGUGGUCGAUGGUGAGCUGUACACGGCAACAGCCAGCAGCUUCCUGGGGAAUGACCCGACCAUCUCCAGGAGCCAAAGCCUCCGCCCCAUCAAGAGCGAGAGCUCCCUCAACUGGCUUCGAGACCCAGCGUUUAUGGCCUCAGCCCACAUUCCUGAGAGCCUGGGCAGCUCGGAAGGGGACGAUGACAAGAUCUACUUCUUCUUCAGCGAGACUGGCCAGGAGUUGGAAUUCUUUGAGAAUACCGUGGUGUCCCGCAUUGCCCGUAUCUGCAAGGGCGACGAGGGGGGCGGGCGCGUCCUGCAGCAGCGCUGGACGUCCUUCCUGAAGGCACAGCUGGUGUGCCUGCGGCCUGACGACGGCUUCCCGUUCAACGUGCUACAGGACGUGUUCACGCUGACGCCCCGCCCCGAGGACUGGCCGGACACCCUCUUCUACGGGGUCUUCACACCCCAGUGGAAUGGGGGGACCAUGGAGGGCUCUGCCGUCUGUGUUUUCACCAUGAAGGACGUGCAGUCGACCUUCAGCGGCUUCUUCAAGGAGGUGAACCGCGAGACGCAGCAGUGGUACACAGUGACCCACCCGGUACCCUCGCCCAGGCCGGGCGCGUGCAUCACCAAUAGUGCCCGGGAGAGGAAGAUCAACUCGUCGCUGCAGCUCCCCGACCGCGUGCUGAACUUCCUCAAGGACCACUUCCUGAUGGACGGACAGGUCCGCAGCCGCAUGCUGCUGCAGCCCCAGGCCCACUACCAGCGCGUGACCGUCCACCGCGUGCCUACCCUGAAUCGCACCUACGACGUCCUCUUCCUGGGCACUGGUGACGGCUGGGUGCACAAGGCGGUGAGCAUGGGCACCACAAUGCACAUCAUUGAAGAGCUCCAGGUCUUCCCGGCAGGACAGCCCGUGCGGCACCUGCUCCUGGACGCCGACAGGGGAUUGCUGUACGCUGCCUCACACUCGAGUGUGGUCAAGGUGCCUGUGGCCAACUGCAGCCUGUACCAGAGCUGCGGGGACUGUCUCCUGGCCCGGGACCCAUACUGCGCUUGGAACGGCUCGAGGUGUGCAUCCAUCACCCUCUACCAGCCGGAAGUGGCCUCCAGGCCGUGGAUCCAGGACAUCGAGGGGGGCAAUGCCACGAACCUCUGUGGCCCUUCCAAGGCCCGGGCGUCUGUACCAAAAGGUGAGAAGCCCUGUGAGCAGGUUCAUUUCCAGCCCCACACGGUGAACACCUUGGCCUGCCCCCUCCUGUCCAACCUGGCGACCCGGCUCUGGCUGCACAAUGGGGCCCCCAUCAACACCUCGGCCUCCUGCCGCGUGCUGGCCACCGGGGACCUGCUGCUAGUGGGCAGCCAGCAGGAGCUGGGGCUGUUCCAGUGCUGGUCGCUGGAGGGAGGCAUCAAGCAGCUGGAGGCCAGCUACUGCCCAAAGGUGGUGGAUGAGGUGACCGGCGGUGCGGGCCGGAGCGGCAGUGUGCCUGUCAUCAUCAACACGUCUCGGGUGAGCGCAGGCAGCAAGGCCAGCUGGGGCACGGACAAGUCCUACUGGACGGAGUUCCUGGUGAUGUGUGCGCUCUUCGUGUUUGCCAUGGUGCUCCUCAUCUUGUUCUUCCUCUACCGGCAUCGCGGUGGCAUGAAGGUCUUCCUGAAGCAGGGGGAGUGUGCCAGCGUGCACCCCAAGACCCGCCCAGUGGUGCUGCCGCCUGAGACCCGGCCGCUCAAUGGCAUGAGCCCCCCUAACACCCCGCUCGACCAAGGCUACCAGGCCCUGUUGGACAGCUCCCCGGGGACCCGCAUCUUCACGGAGUCAGAGAAGAGGCCACUGAGCGUCCAGGACAGCUUUGUGGAGGUGUCCCCGGUGUGCCCCCGGCCCCGGGUCCGCCUGGGCUCUGUGAUCCGGGACUCGGUAGUGUGAGAGCAGACUUCCGGAGGCGGCCUCCCUCUGGGGGCCCCGAGUGCUCAGAGCUGGUCGGCUGGAUCUCUGCUCCUCCUUGUGGAAGAAGCUGUGGUGUCCACCCCUCGGGAGCGACAGAGCCCGCUGCCAAGUAGCAAGGCCCCCCCGACCCUCCACCCCAGAUGGCCACGUCCCUGUGGAUCCUGGCUGAAGAUGGGGGCCUGCCCAAGUGAGCAGAUGCUCCUUAAGUGAACUGAGCCCUUUGUUUAAAAACAGUUGAAAAUGUGAAACAGGAAAAGGAGACAGGAUGACGCCACACCUGUGGCCAGCCCAGUGCCUGGCUCCCAGCGCCCAGCUCCCAGGUUGGAAGGACGCACCCAGAGUGGCUGUGUGAGAUGAGCUGGAAAUGGCGCACCCACGGGCCUCUUCCUCCUUCCCCUACUGUCACAGGCUGCCCCUGCUCGCUGCAGAGACAGUGGCCAGCUUGGGCUCCAAGCGGUCCAGCCUCCCCAGCUGGCCAAGUCCUUGCAGCCAUCAUCCUGUCACCUCAGGGACCAGAGGGCCACGCUGGCCCCGCAGCCCUCCCAAGGCCCUGGGCUCAGGCCCACCUCCUCCUGGACUUUUCCGGCCUGUAUCAGGCUGCGGCCACAUUAGAGAGAGGGCAGCACCAGCCCAGAAGAGAGUCUAUGACAGUGAACAUCAUCCCUCGGAAUUCUAGGAAGAGACUGCUGCCUGCCUUCCUCCAGCCUACAAACCUGUGUCCCUUUUUCCCAUACCUGCCCUGGCCUUCAAACCCAGCCGUUCAUCCCUACACCUUGCAACCUCCACUCUUAAGGGACAGCUAAGCCCGUGCACCACUGAUAACUGCCCAGCACAAGGGACCCUGAGUUUAUGUGGGUUUUAUAUAUUUUUUUUUAAAUAAAAAUGCACUUUA